GGAAGAAGUAAUUAAAGCUAAUAUUACAGAGCCUCUACAGAUUAUAAGAAUAAUAUGUGAAAACAAAAACCUUGGAUUUCUGUACAUGACUCCUGCGGUGCCUAAAUCAUCAAUUGAGUAUGACACAUAUAACCUGAAAAUUGUAAGCUAUGACUGCAUUAACAAAAAUGACUACUACACUAUUAGUCCACAAGCAGUUAUUCAUACAUAUAAUGGAGAAGUUGAAUACCUGGAUCUUGAACGCUGGGAGCAAGAAUAUGUCUAUCAUAGGGCACUUAUCAAAAUCACUAUAUUUGCUAUAUUUCGCAAGUGGAAGUCAUUUAAUGUAUGGAGAAAGAAUGUCCGCUGCAAAAAUAUUAAUUCAUGUCGCCGAGCUUUACAGAAGAACUUAUUCAUUGUUAAUGCUUGUUUGAGACCAGCAAUUCUAAACAUCCAAGAAAUGUGUUAUCGAAUUGGUGACAUGGUACUUUGUCAAAUUGAAAAGGGCUAUAUAUAUACUUUGGUAGAGUUUAAAGGUACUCAGUUCAGUCAGCUAAAAGAUGUGGCAUCUCGUUUAUCAGAAUUCAGAGAAUUAGCCAAAGAAGUGGUUAGAGGUGCAUGUCGAACUGCAUUGCUUGAAACUGGUUUCACUCCUGAUGAUUAUUUUUAUACUAUUGAGAAUACAGCUGUGGUAGGAACCACCGGUCCUCGUGUUGAGAAAGACUUGUAUGCCGAACAACCUGAAAGAAUGACAUACACAGAACAGGCCAAUAAAAGGGCUCAGUGUGGAAGGUUAACAUGCUUUAUUCGUCUUGCUGAUUAUCUUAUAGUAAAUACUAUGCACGUCUUGGCAGUUAAAUCUGUUGCUACUCUGUUGCGUUACCUUACUGAUAAGUUGAAGAAGACACCACUUGUAGAAAUUAUCCAAACAUGGAAUACAGAUUUAGAGGCACCUGAAGUUGUGGAAAAGAAGGGAACUUCUUCAGCGAUUGCAGAGGAAGAGGAGGCAUCCAUUCCAAUGUUUCUUGUCGAGCUAAUUUUAGAGAUUCAUGCAUUGCUGUUUGAACCAACUGUGGAAGAGUUCCAGGAUGCUAUGGCAGAUAUUGUGUCUCAGUUUCAGGCAACUGUGUUAUCAGUUGCAAACCUUGUUCCAGAUCAGUAUUUUGAUGCCUUCACUCGUCCUGUUAUUAACAAUAAAAUUGAAGAAAAAACAUGUGGUGAAGGACCAAGCUUAUCAACAAUGUUUAAGGAUGAUAAACAUCUUCAAACUAUUAUCCUACAAAUAAAGGAAACAAUUGAUUCAGCAUUUGAAGCAGCAAAUUUUUAUGCAACUACUUUUGAAAAGUUUCGAUUAUUUUUCAGAGAAAAUGAAAGCCUUGAUUUGCAAGCUCUGAAGAAAGAAGAGCCUGAUGUUAAAUUUUUUGCUGAACAACUGGAGAAAUAUCACAGACAACACAAAGAAGCGUUGGCAAUAAAACAAAAGAGACCAUUAGGUUUGUUCCUCAUAGAUGCUAAAAGGUUGAAAGACAAACUAAUUCCAUCACCAAAGCGCUGUUUGGAGGUUAUUAAUGAAAUGCUUCCUGUAAUUGCAAAGAAAAAAGUGAACACCAUUCUUGUUGAGGCAAAUGAUGCUAAAUUUAAACUUGAAUUUCUACCAAGUACAACUACUGAAUACGUGGUUACUUUGACAUUCCUUGAUGAAAUACAAGAUAGGAUUGAAAUUCUUGACGAUGAAUCAAAAGUGGUUUCAAAGAUGUAUCAACUUAUUGAACAGUAUGUCAUACCCACACCUCCUGAAGAUUUUGCUUUGUUCUCAAGUUUGAAACCCUCUAUUGUUGCUGUUCGUAAUGCAAUUGAUAAAUCUGUAGGUGAAAGAGAUGCUAGCAUUAUUAAAUUCUGCCAGCUUCUAGAUGAAGAUGUUCACGAUCUGAAUGAAGAAGUUAAAGAAGUUAGACUUCUAGCACAGGAUCCUCAGAUUUUGGACGCAGAUGCUGAUCAAGAGAGAGUGAAAAUAGUUCUCUGCGAGUUGCAGGCCAUUCUUGAUGAAAUACAAAAGCGGGCAUUCCAGUAUAAAUCCUAUCAGAAAAACUUCAAGGUGGAUAUAACAAAAUUUGAUACCUUGGAGGAAGUUUGUGCAGAGUUGAAGUUGAAACAACUGUUGUGGGACUCUCUUUCUGAAUGGUCAGUACUUGAGGAAGAGUGGAUGGAGUCUAAAUUUGACAGUUUGGAUCCAGAAUUAUUGAAUGGUCAAGUUUCCAAAUAUGCUAAAUUUGUGAAUCAGCUGGAAAAAGGCUUGCCACCUAAUAAUGUUGUCCCACAACUCAAGGAGAAGGUGGAGAAAAUGAAAGAAAAGCUUCCAGUUAUCACAGAUCUUAGAAAUCCUUUUUUGAAACCCAGACACUGGACAAUUCUGGAACAAAUAGUUGGUGCACCAUUAAUAGAUGUGGAAAAUCCAUUAACCUUGGAGCGACUUACUCAGAUCAGUGCUUUUGAAUAUACUCAGGAGAUUCAGGAUGUUUCUGGACAAGCUUCAGGAGAAGCUUCUUUGGAGAUUAUUCUCAAAAAGGUGGAAGAUGCCUGGAAAACAACAGAAUUCAUUGUAAUUCCUCAUCGUGAUUCAAAAGAUGUUUUCAUCCUUGGUGGCACAGAUGACAUUCAGGUCAUUCUUGAUGAUAGUACUAUUAAUGUAGCAACGAUUGCCUCUUCACGGUAUGUAGGCCCUCUCAAGCCACGCGUUGAUGAAUGGCAGAAGCAGCUCUCUUUAUUCAAUCAGACAUUGGAGGAAUGGCUGACAUGUCAGAGGAAUUGGCUCUAUUUAGAAAGCAUUUUCAGUGCUCCCGAUAUUCAAAGACAGUUGCCCGCAGAAGCCAAAAUGUUCUUGCAAGUAGAUAAGUCUUGGAAGGAAGUUAUGAGGAAAGUGAAUCGACUGCCUAAUGCCCUCCGUGCUGCUACUCAGCCUGGCCUUUUAGAGACCUUUCAGAAUAAUAAUGCUCUUCUUGAUCAGAUUCAGAAAUGUCUGGAGGCCUAUUUGGAAUCCAAGAGAGUCAUUUUCCCAAGAUUCUACUUUUUAUCGAAUGAUGAGCUCUUGGAAAUAUUGGCCCAAACUCGCAAUCCUCAAGCAGUUCAGCCUCAUUUAAGGAAAUGUUUUGAUUCUAUUUCUAAACUGGAGUUUGCCUACAUGGCACCAGCUGAGGGAGAAGAAAAAGUUCUCACAAAUGAUAUUCUAGCAAUGCUGUCCCCCGAAGGUGAAAGGGUUGGCUUGGGAAAAGGACUUAAGGCCAGAGGAAAUGUUGAAGACUGGCUCGGUAAAGUUGAAGAAGCAAUGUUUACUUCCCUUAGACGACUGAGCAAAGCUGCCAUUGCAGAUUAUCAAACCAGAGAAAGAACAGAGUGGGUUAUUGCUGGACAUCCUUCUCAGGUUGUGCUGACUAUUUCUCAGCUCAUGUGGUGUCGUGAUCUCACUCAGUGUUUAGAAGGAGAAGAUCAAGAUCAUUUAGUAGCUUUGGAAGAGUUUGAAAAUGAGAAUUUUGAGAGACUAAAUGCAUUGGCUUCACUAGUCCGCGGCAGCCUUCCUAAAAUUCACCGAAAUAUUAUAACGGCUCUGAUUACUAUUGAUGUACACGCAAGAGACAUUGUUACAGAACUUGUACAACAAAAGGUGGAUUCUGUGGACAAUUUUGACUGGCAAAGACAACUGCGCUACUAUUGGGACCUCGAUUUAGAUAACUGUGUGGCAAGAAUGGCUUUAUCUCAAUAUACCUAUGCCUAUGAAUACUUGGGUGCAUGUCCAAGAUUAGUGAUAACACCACUCACGGAUCGUUGCUAUCUUUGCCUGAUGGGAGCCCUGCAGCUUGACCUAGGGGGAGCUCCAGCUGGACCUGCCGGAACUGGAAAAACAGAGACUACGAAAGAUCUUGCAAAAGCACUUGCCAUCCAAUGUGUGGUGUUCAACUGUUCAGAUGGCUUGGAUUACAAGAUGAUGGGGCGUUUCUUCAGUGGUUUGGCACAAUCUGGAGCAUGGUGCUGCUUUGAUGAAUUCAAUCGAAUUGACAUUGAAGUUCUUUCUGUUAUAGCCCAACAACUGAUUACGAUAAGGAAUGCUAAAGCAGCAAAGGUCACUCGGUUUAUGUUUGAAGGACGCGAAAUCAAAUUAAUUAUGACUUGUGCAGCUUUUAUUACUAUGAAUCCUGGCUAUGCUGGACGAACAGAGUUACCUGACAAUCUAAAAGCACUCUUCAGGCCAUUUUCUAUGAUGGUUCCAAACUAUGCUUUGAUUGCAGAGGUUAUCCUGUAUUCUGAAGGAUUUGAAUCAAGUAAAAUACUUGCAAGGAAGAUGACUCAAAUGUAUAAGCUCUGUAGUGAACAGCUUUCCCAACAAGACCACUAUGAUUUUGGAAUGAGAGCUGUCAAAUCUGUGUUGGUCAUGGCAGGAUCACUAAAGAGAGAGCAUCCAAACCUGAAUGAAGACGUUGUUUUAAUAAGAGCAUUACGAGAUUCGAAUCUCCCAAAAUUUCUUGCGGAUGAUGCUCUUUUGUUCAGUGGAAUUAUAUCUGACCUUUUCCCUGGAGUCAUAAUCCCAGAACAUAAUUAUGGAGUGCUGCAGUCAACAAUAGUAGAUACCAUGCUUUCCAAAGGAUUGCAGACUGAAGCUACCAUGAUCCGUAAAGUGAUUCAGCUGUAUGAAACUAUGCUGGUAAGGCAUGGGGUAAUGCUUGUUGGACCAACAGGAGGUGGAAAAACUACAGUUUACCAAAUUUUGGCAGAUACACUUGGAACUUUACAUAAAGCAGGUGAGGAAUAUCAUUUUUUCCAGCCAGUUAAAACAUAUGUUCUGAAUCCUAAAUCAAUAACUAUGGGUGAACUAUAUGGUGAAGUUAACAAUUUAACUCUGGAAUGGAAAGAUGGCUUAAUGGCACUUAGUGUGCGAGCUGCUGUAGUCGACACUUCUGAAGAUCAUAAAUGGAUCAUCAGUGAUGGACCUGUGGAUGCACUAUGGAUUGAAAAUCUGAACACGGUUCUAGAUGACAACAAGAUGCUUUGUUUGGCUAACAGUGAAAGAAUCAAACUCACACCAUCCAUCCAUAUGAUGUUUGAGGUAGAAGACUUAAGAGUUGCUUCACCUGCCACAGUAAGCCGAUGUGGGAUGGUAUACAUUGACCCAGAGGAAUUGAAGUGGAUGCCCUAUGUAAAAACAUGGAUGGCAGGCCUUGAAGAAAAACUCAAUGAAGAAACAAGAACAUAUUUGUUUGAACUCUUUUCUCGUUAUGUUGAAGAUGGUCUAAAAUAUAUUCGCAAAAAGUGUACCCAAGCCAUAACACAAGUGGACAUAAGUAAAGUUGUUACUCUUUGCUGUUUACUGGAGUCAUUACUUCUUGGAAAGGCAGGACCCAGCAUGAACUUGGAACAAUCACGGUUAAAUUCUCUUGUGUGCCAGACCUUUGUCUUCUGUUAUUUGUGGUCUAUGGGUGGAAAUGUAAUGGAGAACUGUUGGGAUGCUUUUGAUACAUUUGUAAGACAGCAAUUUGAGGAUAACCCUGAUGCCAAGCUCCCAACUUCUGGUGAUUUGUGGAGUGUUUACAUUGAUUAUGAUACAAGACGCUUGGAUCCUUGGGAGCGAAUUAUACCAACCUUUAAAUACAAAAGCACAGUUCCAUUUUUCGAAAUGCUUGUUCCUACCACUGACACUGUACGCUAUGGCUUUCUAAUGGAAAAACUGCUAGCUGUCAAACAUUCUGUGCUUUUCACAGGAAUUACUGGAGUUGGCAAGUCUGUAGUUGCAAGAUCACUGCUUAACAGAAUACAAGAUGAAGCCGGCUAUGUUCCUGUUUACUUAAAUUUCUCUGCUCAGACUUCUUCAGCCAGGACACAAGAGAUUAUAGAAUCAAAAUUAGAAAAAAAAAGAAAAAACAUUUUAGGAGCACCAGGGAAAAAAAGAGUGAUCAUUUUUGUGGAUGAUUUAAACAUGCCGAAACUGGAUCGUUAUGGCUCACAGCCCCCUAUUGAACUACUUAGACAGUACCAAGACUUUGGAGGAUUCUAUGACCGAGAUAAACUGUUUUGGAAGGAAAUCCAUGAUGUAACUAUUUGUUCAGCUUGUGCACCUCCUGGUGGUGGACGUAAUCCAGUUACCCCACGUUUUAUAAGGCAUUUUGCUAUGCUAUGCCUUCCAACACCCUCUGAACAUAGCCUUAAACAAAUUUUUCAGGCAAUUCUGAAAGGCUUCCUAGCUGAAUUUGCCCAAGCAGUAAAGCAGUGUGCAAGUAGUAUAGUGGAGGCUGCUGUUGAAAUAUAUCAAAGAAUGAGCAUUGAUCUGCUCCCAACACCAGCAAAAUCUCAUUAUGUGUUUAAUUUACGUGAUUUGUCAAAAUGUGUCCAAGGUAUACUGCAGUGUGAUCCAGUGUCAGUUCGAGACCAGAAUCAGAUAUUUAGACUAUUCUGUCAUGAAUGCCAAAGAAUUUUUCAUGACCGUCUCAUCUGUAAUGAAGAUAAACAAUAUUUUUAUUCUAUGUUAAGCGACAUGGCUAGCAAAUAUUUUGGAGUUUCAGUUGACCCAGACUCAUUUGCAUCUAAACCUAUCUUAUUUGGAGAUUACAUUAAGAUUGGAAUAGAGAAAGCUGAGAGACUUUAUGAAGAGUUACCUGACAUGGAAAAGAUUAUCGGAGUUUUACAAGACUACCUUGAUGAUUACAAUAUAACAAGCUCUAAAGAGGUCAGGCUGGUAUUUUUCCAAGAUGCAGUAGAGCAUGUUUCAAGAAUUGCUCGGAUGAUUCGUCAGGAAAGAGGAAAUUCCCUCCUGGUCGGUGUUGGAGGCACAGGGAAGCAGUCUCUGACUAGACUUGCCUCUCACAUUUGUGGCUAUAAAUGCUUUCAAAUAGAACUAAGUCGUGGCUAUAAUUAUGACACUUUCCAUGAAGACCUUAGGAAGCUAUACAAAAUGGCAGGGGUGGAAGACAAAGACAUGGUUUUCCUUUUCACAGACACCCAGAUAGUUGUAGAAGAAUUCCUAGAAGAUAUAAACAAUAUUUUGAAUUCUGGAGAGGUACCUAAUCUGUUUGAAAAGGAUGAACUGGAGUUUGUCAUGGCAGCUACUCGACCCAAGGCAAAAGAAGUAGGAAUAGCAGAGGGCAACAGAGAUGAGGUAUUUCAGUACUUCAUUAGUCGAGUCCGACAGAAGCUGCACAUUGUCCUGUGUAUGAGUCCUGUUGGAGAUGCUUUCCGAGCACGGUGCCGAAUGUUUCCCUCCCUUGUGAAUUGCUGCACUAUUGACUGGUUUGUGCAGUGGCCAAAAGAAGCACUUCUUUCUGUAUCAAGAACUUUUUUUAUGCAUGUUGAUCUCGGAACUGAUCGAAUGAAAGAGAAACUUUCUGUAAUGUGUGUAGACAUCCACAUGAGUGUUACAGAGAUGGCAGAGCAGUAUUAUGCAGAGCUCCGGCGACGAUACUAUACAACACCAACUUCCUAUUUAGAGUUAAUCAAUCUUUAUUUGUCCAUGCUUGCUGAAAAAAGGAAGCAACUGGUUUCAGCUCGGGAUCGGGUAAAAAAUGGUUUAUCCAAACUGUUGGAAACAAAUGUACUUGUUGACAAAAUGAAAUUAGAUCUUUCUGCUUUAGAACCAGUUCUCAAGGAGAAAUCAGUGGAUGUUGAGGCCUUGAUGGAAAAAUUAGCAGUUGAUCAAGAAAAUGCUGAUCAGGUUCGGCGUGUUGUUCAGGAAGAUGAAGCUGUUGCAAAAGUAAAGGCAGAGGAGACUCAGGCAAUAGCUGAUGAUGCCCAGCGUGAUUUGGAUGAAGCCCUUCCAGCUUUAGAAGCUGCCAACAAAGCCUUAGAUUCUUUAGAUAAGGCAGAUAUUUCUGAAAUCAGAGUUUUCACUAAACCUCCUGAUCUUGUCAUGACAGUGAUGGAAGCUAUUUGUAUUCUUUUAAACGCAAAGCCUGACUGGGCAACAGCAAAACAACUACUUGGGGAUUCUGCCUUCCUGAGGAAGCUUCUAGAAUAUGAUAAAGAAAAUAUAAAGAGCGCAAUAUUAGCUAAGCUUCAGAAAUACGUCAACAAUCCUGACUUUGUGCCAGAAAAGGUAGAGAAAGUGUCAAAGGCAUGCAAGUCUAUGUGCAUGUGGGUGAGAGCUAUGGAUUUAUACUCUCGCAUUGUGAAGGUGGUCGAGCCAAAAAGGCAGAAGUUACAUGCUGCCCAGGCAGAACUUGAUGCAACUUUAGCUAACCUCCGUGAUAAGCAAAAAAAACUGAGACAGGUAGAGGAGCAAAUACAGGAAUUACAAGACCAAUAUGAAAGAAGUGUGAAUGAAAAAGAAAGCCUUGCAAAGACCAUGGCACUGACUCAGGCUCGUCUCAACCGCGCUGGAAGACUUACGGCUGCAUUAGGGGAUGAACAGGUUCGAUGGGAAGAAAGUAUUUUGAAUUUUGAGGCAGAGAUUUCAAAUAUCACUGGAAAUGUAUUCAUAGCUGCUGCUUGUGUAGCUUACUAUGGGGCUUUUACUGCACAUUAUAGACAAUUGUUAAUUGAAUGCUGGAUCAAACAAUGCCAAGAUCUAGACAUUCCUAUUAGUUCUGACUUCAGUCUUAUAAAUAUUUUGGGAGACCCCUAUGAAAUUCGACAAUGGAAUACUGAUGGAUUACCUCGCGAUUAUGUUUCUACUGAAAAUGGCAUUCUAGUUACACGUGGGCGGCGCUGGCCACUCAUGAUUGAUCCUCAGGAUCAGGCAAACCGUUGGAUAAGAAACAAAGAAGCAAAAUGUGGUUUAAAAAUAAUUAAGCUCACGGACACUGGUUUCCUGCGUACACUGGAGAAUGCUAUUCGUCUGGGUUUACCUGUGCUUCUAGAAGAGAUUAAAGAAACGCUUGAUCCAGCCCUGGAACCUAUUCUUUUGAAGCAGACUUUCGUUUCUGGCGGAAGACUGUUAAUUCGCCUUGGAGAUUCAGACAUAGAUUAUGAUAAAAACUUCAAGUUCUACAUGACAACAAAAAUGCCAAAUCCCCACUAUUUACCUGAGGUGAGGUAUAUGAGAGAGAAAAAGAAAGAUAAGAGAUACUGUAUGUUAAAGGACCAACCUCUCAGUGACGUUGUGCGAUUAGAGAGACCAGAACUAGAGGAACAAAGAACACAGCUCAUUAUCAGAAUCAAUGCUGAUAAGAAUCAACUGAAAGCAAUUGAAGAUAAAAUUCUAAAAAUGCUUUUUACAUCAGAAGGGAAUAUUCUGGACAAUGAAGAACUCAUCAGUACACUUCAAGAUUCAAAGAUUACCUCUGGUGCCAUUAAAAUAAGGCUUGUAGAAGCAGAAACUACAGAAGAAAAGAUAAACGCUGCUCGUGAAAAAUAUCGCCCUGUUGCUACUCGAGGAUCAGUUAUGUAUUUUGUAAUUGCAAGUCUUUCCGAUAUUGAUCCAAUGUAUCAGUUUUCUUUAAAAUAUUUCAAACAGCUAUUUAAUACAACAAUUGAAACUUCAGAAAAAAAUGAUGUUUUGGUAUUGCGAUUAGCAAUCCUACUUAGUCAGACUCUCUAUGCAACUUACACUAAUGUUUCCCGAGGCCUUUUUGAACAGCACAAACUCAUCUACAGCUUCAUGCUGUGCAUUGAAAUCAUGCGGCAGAAAGAAGAACUUACAGACCUUGAAUGGAAUUUUUUCCUGCGUGGAGCUGCUGGUUUGGAUAAGGAGCGGCCUGCCAAACCUCAGAUUCCAUGGCUGGAAGACAAUACGUGGUUUAUGUGCUGUGACUUAGAAGAAACACUUCCAAGUUUUGAGGGCAUUCAGAAAGACAUAUUGCUCAAGCCCAUUUUCAUUAAACUAGGGCAACUUGAUAUUCGUAUCAAUCCAGAAGAGUGGGAAGGCUAUAAGUCUGAUGUUGAUGAAAAGAAAAAAAAAGAUGACAAGCCAUACAUUCCCUGGGAUAGUAGGCUGACCAUGUUUCAGAAAUUAAUUAUAGUGAAAUGUUUUGUGGAAGAGAAGAUCGUGUCAGCACUUACCGAGUUUGUAAUGGAGAAUCUUGGGAAGCAAUUCAUUGAGAAUCCUCCAGUUGAUCUGGCAACUCUUUAUCAAGAUAUGUCUCCUGCCACACCACUGGUGUUCAUUUUAAGUACAGGCUCAGACCCCAUGGGGGCUUUCCAAAGAUUUGCAAAAGAGCGAGAUUAUUCAGAACGAGUGCAAUCAAUCUCAUUAGGACAAGGACAAGGGCCUAUUGCUGAAAGAAUGAUUAAGGAUGCCCUGAGAACAGGAAACUGGAUAUUUCUUCAGAAUUGCCAUUUAGCUGUUUCAUGGAUGUUACCAAUGGAAGAGCUCAUAAAAACAUUUACAGAGCCAGGUGCCACUAUCCAUGAAAGCUUUCGACUCUAUUUGAGUUCCAUGCCAUGUACUACUUUCCCUGUUACUGUCCUUCAGAAUUCUGUCAAGGUAACAAAUGAACCCCCUAAAGGUCUACGGGCAAACAUCAGAAGAGCCUUCACAGAAAUGACUCCCACAUUUUUUGAGGAAAAUAUCUUGGGCAAAACCUGGAGAAAAAUCAUUUUUGGUAUUUGCUUUUUUCAUGCAAUUAUUCAGGAAAGGAAAAAAUUUGGACCCCUUGGUUGGAACAUAUGUUAUGAAUUUAAUGACAGUGACAGAGAAUGUGCCUUAUUAAACCUCAAUCUUUAUUGCCAAGAAGGAAAAAUACCCUGGGAUGCCCUCACAUAUAUAACAGGGGAGAUUACAUAUGGAGGACGAGUUACAGAUGCUUGGGAUCAAAGGUGUCUUCGCACAAUCCUAAAGAGGUUUUUUUCUCCUGAAACUUUGGAAGAUGAGUAUAAAUAUUCUGAAUCAGGAAUAUAUUUUGCCCCCGUGGCUGACAAUUUGCAAAAUUUUAAGGAGUAUAUUGAAAACCUUCCUUUGAUUGAUGACCCAGAAAUAUUUGGAAUGCAUGAAAAUGCCAAUUUAGCAUUCCAGCGAAAAGAAACUAAUACUCUGAUUACUACAAUACUUGAUGUACAGCCACGAACAACAGCCCAGGGAUCAGGAAAAAGUAAUGAUGAGAUUGUGCAUGAGCUUGCUAGUUCAAUCCUUGCUAAAAUUCCUGAGAAGCUGGACAUGGACCUUGCUGCAGAGAUACUUGUUGUGAAGGAUAGCAAAGGUCGAAUAGAUUCUCUAACUACCGUUCUUGGGCAAGAAGUAGAUCGCUUUAAUGGUCUUCUCAGUCUGCUGAGGAACUCUCUACAAACACUCAACAAAGCCAUUGCAGGGUUUGUAGUAAUGUCUGAAGAAAUGGAGAGAGUGUACCACAGCUUUCUUAACAAUCAGGUUCCAGGCCUCUGGGCCAAUGCCGCAUAUCCAUCUCUGAAACCUUUAGGGAGCUGGGUGAAAGACCUUGUGCUCAGGACAAGCUUCAUAGAUUUCUGGCUCAAAAGAGGUCAACCUAAAUCAUUUUGGAUUUCUGGUUUCUUUUUUCCACAAGGAUUUUUGACCGGAACUCUUCAGAAUCAUGCUCGAAAAUACAACUUACCAAUUGAUGAGCUUAGUUUUAGUUACAACGUCAUUCCUGUCUACAGAGACCAAACCCAAGUAUCGGAAGCUUCGAAACUGUGCCACUUUGGCAAUGAAUUACCAAUGGAUGAAAAGUUGCCUUCUCCUGAGGACGGGGUGCUAGUUCAUGGCAUGUUUAUGGAUGCCAGUCGUUGGGAUGACGAUGAAAUGGUUAUAGAAGAUGCGUUACCUCGACAAAUGAACCCAAUGCUUCCAGUAAUUCAUUUUGAGCCACAUCAAAAUUAUGAGCCCCACCACUCGCUGUAUCAUGCGCCCCUCUACAAAACUGGAGCUAGAGCAGGAACUCUGUCCACCACGGGUCAUUCUACCAAUUUUGUGGUUACCGUCUUACUUCCUUCAAAAAGAUCAAGCGACUAUUGGAUAUCCAAAGGAUCUGCCUUACUUUGCCAGCUAAAUGAAUAAUCAGCAGGGCAGGGUUUCUGUCUUCUAGCAAGACCUUGGUAUCAUGCUGAGACUCUAUUCCAGGUGGGGAACAGUAACCCUCCAUCACUGUCAUGCCUAUGGAAAUAGAUUCCAGUAUAUACACAUUGUCAAAAGGCCAUCCUUCUCUUCAAUUUCAUUUUUUUAAGUGCAUUACAUUUUAUCAACACGUUGGAAUCAAUAUUCGCUGUUCAUUUCUCUUGAUUCCUUUGCAUGCAUUCACUGGCAGAUCACAUGGAUUUUUGCAUCAGUAAUACAGGUGUUUAAAAAAUGUCUACAAAAAGCACAUGUUUUAUAUCAAAUUAACUUUU